UAUAUAUAUAUAUAUAUAUAUAUCCUAGUAAUAGUAGUAGUAGUUUAUAGAUAAGAAGAAGAUAACUUAAUCCAUCUAAGACUGUCACACAUUGAAUACUGAAAUUCUUAUCCAGCUAGACGUUUAAAAAAAAAAAAAUCACGGGAGAAGAAUUAUACAUGUAUAGCACAACCGCACAACUACAAAGCUGAUUCCCACAAAUGAUUGCUCAUCAAUAUAUAUAUAAAUAUAAAUAAAGUAACUUAUUCAAGUAGACGAGUAACAUUAAACACCAUUAAAAGCGUGGAUAUUGCAUUCUAUAUUAUACAGUAUAUUUUAUAAACAAAUUAAAACACAAUCAUUAGAAGAAAGAAAGAAGAUGGUAACAAAAUAGAGAAGGUGAGAGGAAGCUUCCUCUGGGAGAGAUUUUAAGGCUCGAAUCUCAUUAUUUAAAUACAGCAGCGCAGCACAGAAUCCAAUGUACAUCAGGAAUCAGCCCUAGCUCCAAAAAAAAAAAAAACCCUCCAAUUAGUCCAUUUUCCAGACCUACAAAUCAAUCAGAGUCCUUAUAUCCUUUGGUUUUUUGUUUUGUUCUUUCCGUGUACCAGAUUGAAUUAAACAAUUUGUUUUUAAUUAAUUAAUUUGUACACCGUAGCAUCAUCAAACAAUGGCAUCCAACAACAACGUUGUGGAACCUUGGAUGCUAGAGAAUGGGAAUGCAAAGUGUUUGACUAAGGAGAUGAGACAUGGAAGUGGCGGCCACCACCACCACCAUCACCACGGCCGAACUGCCCACAACAUGUCCUCAUCUUCUCUCCGCAAGAAAUCCGACAUUUCCCUCGUCUCUAAAGUCAGAUACCCUUGUCUCAGGGACUUUUUGGCCAAUCUUCAGGAGAUCUUUCUGGGCACCAAGCUUUCCGUCCUCUUUCUCGCUAUCCCUUUUGCUAUCCUCGCUGAUUACCGCCAAUUCGGCAGCCCAUGGGUGUUUGGUUUGAGUUUAUUGGGUCUCACGCCUUUGGCUGAACGUGUUAGCUUCUUGACCGAACAAAUCGCCAUGUUCACAGGACCAACAGUUGGAGGGCUGUUGAAUGCAACAUGCGGGAAUGCUACGGAGCUGAUUAUAGCAAUAUUUGCAUUGCUUCAACACAAGGUGGAUGUGGUGAAGUACUCCCUUUUGGGUUCUGUACUCUCCAACCUCCUCCUCGUUCUCGGCACUUCUCUCUUCUGCGGUGGCCUUGCCAACUUAAACAAGGAGCAGAAAUUCGACCGGAAACAAGCUGAUGUGAACUCGUUGCUGUUGCUGCUGGGAUUGCUAUGCCACCUGCUGCCCUUGAUGUUCCGAAUGGCGGCCCCGGCGCAGGCCGAUUCCGUCGUAACCUCCCAGGCCACACUUCAGCUGUCAAGAGUCAGUUGCAUUUUCAUGCUCGUCGCCUACAUCGCCUACCUUGUGUUCCAGUUGUGGACUCAUCGACAGUUGUUUGAGACACAAGAGGAGGAAAAUGAAGAGGGUGCGGCAGCAGAAGAGGAAACACCAGUGAUUGGAUUCUGGAGUGGGAUUGUUUGGUUGGCUGGCAUGACUGCCGUCAUUGCUCUUCUCUCCGAGUUUGUUGUUGGCACCAUUCAGGACGCUUCCGACACCUGGGGAUUGUCCGUCAGCUUCAUCAGUCUGAUCUUGCUGCCAAUUGUCGGAAAUGCAGCUGAGCACGCCGGAGCCAUCAUUUUUGCUUUCAAGAAUAAGCUGGAUAUAUCUUUGGGGGUAGCCUUGGGUUCAGCAGCUCAGAUUUCCAUGUUUGUGGUGCCACUGUGUGUGAUUGUGGCUUGGAUCCUGAAUAUCGACAUGAAUCUUGACUUCAAUCUCCUCGAAACCGGCUGCCUUGCUCUAUCAAUCCUUAUCACAGCCUUCGCUUUGCAGGAUGGAACGUCACACUACAUGAAAGGACUAGUACUCCUCUUAUGCUACGUGGUUAUUGGAGCUUGCUUCUUUGUUUCCAGAACGCCACUUAGUAAGUAGCUAGCGUACCUAAAUAUAUACUACAACGUUGAUGCCUAUAUACUACUUAAUAGGUUUAUCAAUUGCAUCAACUGUUCGUACAUGGAUUGUAAAAUUUACUGUGAUUUUUUACUGAACCACAGACCAAAACCACGACCAAGCAGAUAUUGUCAACUUAGGUUUCAAAUCAUCUGCCCAAGGGUACUCAACACUUUGAAUGAUCAGGUAGGACAUUUGUUGGCUUAGGUGACUACUGUACCUAGUUUUGUCUCUUUUCUUUUUAGCUAGGGAGUCUUUCUUCAACUUUACUGAACUCCUGGUAUGAAUUUUUGCCACAGGCCUUUCUCCAUUUAUUCGGGGGGAAGUAUUGAUGAUAUAAACAACAUCAAUUUCGCAAGAUCAAGACGCAUCCAUUUGUUGAUUCUUUGAUCUGGGUUGAUUUCCAAGCCGCAUGGCAAGGAGAAUCAAGUGUGAUAAUGCUGCAUUGUUGGGGAAGAGAGGGAGGGGGGGGGGGG